AAGAUGGCGGCGGGCAGCCGCUGGCUCCGCGGCUGCUGCUGGCUCCUCAGACACAGCUUCCCCGUGCUGAGCCGCAGUAGCAGACGCUGCCUCUCGGGCUGCAGUGGACGAUGGCAGCAGCUCGUGGGAGCGGGGCUGGGAGCUGCCUUGUGCGCAGUCCCAGUCAUAGAGAAGCAGAACUCCGUUUCUCUCAGCAACGAUGCCUUGAUUAAAAGAGCAGUUUCCCUAGUAACUGAUAGUACUUCUACUCUCCUCUCUCAAACCACGUACGCGCUGAUUGAAGCUUUGACAGAGUAUACGAAGGCRGUUUAUACACUGGUGUCUCUCUACAAGCAAUAUGCAAAUCUUCUUGGGAAGAUGAAUUCGGAUGAGGUGGAUGCAGUCUGGCAGGUGGUAAUAGGAGCCAGAGUUGAGGUGACGACAAAACAGCAGGAAUAUCUAAGGCUGGAGUCCAGCUGGAUGACUGCGUUACGUCUUUCAGAGAUGGCAGCAGAAGCUGCCUAUCAAACAGGUGCAGAUCAAGCCUCAGUGACCGCCCGCAGCCACAUUCAGCUCGUGAAAUCCCAGGUGCAAGAAGUGAGGCAGCUGUCCCAGAAAGCAGAGACCAAGUUAGCUGAAGCUCAAACAGAAGAGCUCAUAAAAGCUCAAGGAGAUCAAUCGUCACUGCCACAGUGCAUUUUAGGAAACACAGAAGCAGGAGAYGACCCUUAUCUUCGGGAAGAUUGAGAAGAACUUGCAGGUCACCUCAGAGUAACUGAAUGGUCCCAAACUUCAAUGCUGGGCAGUGGGGAACAUGUUGGAAGAAGCCUGUGAUUCCAUUUUUGUUUUCCCAAACAGGCUUGCUGUACAAGUCGAGUCAAUUGCGAGUAUCUGAAGAGCCCCGUUCUUGYUUGUAACCUAUCAUGUUUCUAGUUAAUUCAGUUAAGUGCUUAACUAUGCAAAGGUGAAAAUGGCUAUCGAGGAUAGCUUGUUAGUAACUGCCUCUCUGCUGGGAGGAGCCUGCGAAUGGUUUGAUGUGUUUGUGAGAGCUCUCUAACUUGGAGACUAGUGAGAUAUCAGCCAAAGACAUGUAUUUAAAAGUUUGUUUUUAACUUGUGAAAAAAAUUAUGUCUGUUAGUAGAUACCUUGAAUAAACUGUGCAAAUGUAUCUCGUUAUGAGUGUGCCCAUCUGGAUAGGAGAUUAACUGCUGUUUCUAUUUGUACUCCUUAAAAAGUUUGUAAUGGGGCUUCAUCUAAAUACACUCUAUUGCAAUCAGAGGAGACAUUUGCU